AUGAGGCUAAUCAAACAGAGCAUCGAGCGCACGACGGGCGCGGGCAGUGCGACCCUGCUACCCGAAGAGCCUGAGGACAUGUGGCAUGCCUACAACCUGAUACGACCCACCGACCUACUACGCGCAUCUGCAGUCCGCAAAGUCAUCACCGAGUCUGUGUCCAGCCGAUCCAGCGAGCGAGUCCACAUGAACCUCACCAUCAAAGUCACCAAACUCGACUUCGACUCACAGGCCGGGCAGCUACAUGUCUCUGGACAAGUAUCAGAAGAGAACAAGCACGUCAAGCUCGGCAGCUUCCACACCCUCGAUCUCGAGCUUCAUCGGAACUUCACACUUGAAAAAGCAGAUGGAUGGGACAGUGUGGCGUUGGACACCCUGAAAGAGGCGAUAGACCAGGAUGCAAAGGCGCAGCUAUGGGCAGUAGUCAUGCAAGAGGGGCUGGCCAACAUCUGUCUCAUCACAGAGCAUCAGACGAUACUGCGGCAGAGGAUAGAAGUGAACCUCCCCAAGAAGCGCUCGGGCUCAUCAGACCAUGACAAGGCACUGCAGAGGUUUUACCAGACUACGUUCGACUCAUUACUACGGCAGAUCGACCUCUCAGACCCAAAGCCCUUACUGCUCGCGAGCCCAGGAUUCACGGCAAGCAGCUUUCAACAAUUCAUCAAGACGCAGGCAGCUGCCGGUACGAACAAGCAAUUGCAGCAACUGGUCCCGAAGAUCACAGUGGCACACUCAGCCUCUGGUCAUCUGCACAGUUUGAGCGAAGUUCUGAGCAGUCCUGCCGUCACGAGCAAGCUCAGUGAUACCAAGUUCGCACGAGAAACCCAACUCAUGGAUCGCUUCUUUGAGAUGAUGCGACAAGACGACGCACGAGCUUGGUAUGGUCCAAAGGAAUGCGAACUGGCUGUCGAGCGAGGCGCAGUUGGAAAGGGCGGCGGAAUCUUGCUGAUCUCGAACUCUCUCUUUCGCAGCCAAGACAUCCAGACAAGGAAGCGGUGGGUCAAGGUCGUGGACGAUGUGAAGGAUCAAGGUGGUGAAGUCAGGGUACUCAGCAGCAUGCACGAGAGUGGUAAGAAGCUCGAGGGCUUGGGAGGAAUCGCAGCCAUCCUUACGUAUCCUAUCGAGGAUCUGGACGAGGAGGUCGGCGAGGAUGGAGGCCAAGAUCUGGAAGAUGACAUAAACGGCCAAGAAUAUGCCAAUGCUGUCGCUUCUUAUUCGCAAGCAAUCCAAGCUGGCCCCCAUAUCUUCGUAAGCGGCCAGAUCCCAGCCGAUGCCUCUGGCAAGCUUGUCGAGGGCUCUAUUGCCGACAAGACGACCGCCUGCUGCGAGGGUCUCAAGAACAUCCUCGAGGCUGCCGGCAGCUCCAUCAGCCGCGUGGUCAAGGUCACCGUCUUCCUCACGUCGAUGGAGCACUUUGCGGAGAUGAACGGUGUCUACGAGAAGUACUUUGGCGAGCACAAGCCUUCGCGCUCCUGUGUUGCCGUCAAGGAGCUGCCAAAGGGCGUUCCGGUCGAGUUGGAGUGUAUCGCCCUGAGCAACAGCGGUUGA